AUGCCACCGAAAUUCAAGCGGCACCUGAACGACGACGAGGUGACGGGCUCGGUAAAGAGCGAGCGGGGCGAGAACCUGUUGGAGGAAGAUUCGGAUGAAGAGGAGGACUUUUUCUUGAGAGGACCUUCUGGACCAAGAUUUGGACCGAGGAAUGACAAGAUCAGGCAUGUCCAGAACCAGGUGGACGAAGUCAUCGAUGUUAUGCAGGAGAACAUCACGAAGGUGAUUGAAAGAGGCGAGCGGCUGGAUGACCUGCAGGAUAAAUCAGAAAGUUUAUCAGACAAUGCAACAGCUUUUAGCAACAGAGCCAAGCAGCUUCGGAGACAGAUGUGGUGGCGAGGCUGCAAGAUGAAGGCAAUCAUAGCACUGGUGGCAGUCAUCCUCCUGCUUGUGAUCAUUGUACCCAUAGUCCUGAAGUACCACACCUGACAAGGCAGCUGGAGGCUUCGGUGGAGCUGGCUCUGGGAUAACCAAACUGCUGUGUAAUUUAAGUGAGAUAUCUGUAUAUAUCUUUGAAGUUGUUUUUCUCCAAGGAGCGAGGAGGUGGUGGCAAGUAGCCAGUUCUAACAGAGCAUUUUAAGAACUGCCAAGAGACCUCUUAUUUUUUUUUUCUUUUGGUCAAGUACCUGCUCCUGCUGUCAGACAUUUUUAAUAACAGAAGAUUCAGUUCCCCAGCCACCUGUUCUGUGGCAUUCUGGGUCUCUGGUUUGGAGCUGGCUACUUGCCACUAUGGUUUAUCUGUACAUAUGGUUGAAUUGUAAUAUUAAUAAUAAUAUCGUCUCAGCAGUUCCCCGCUGCCUGCUGUGGAAGGCAGAGGGGUCUCUGUCCUUUGAUCAGAGCAAAGGAGGGGAAAAAUCUCUAAAGAGAAACAUGCAUUAUGUUAUAGGGAACUGACCCUUCUGUGGAGAACUGCAAGGGUGUUGUUUCUCUCUUGUUCAAAUAAAAAGAAAA